AGAGGGAGGCGGGCGCGGAUGCGGUGAACGAGGCGGCGAAAGAGGCCGAUCGCAAGACCGCUGAGGGAGCGGCCGCACACCGGAAAGCAGUGGGUGCGGGCAUGGUACGGGAGGCCGAGCGCAAGACGGAGGGGGCAGCGGAAGCGCCCGCACGCCUGAGAGCAACGGGCGCGGAGACGGUAAAGGAGGCGGCGAAAGGGGCCGCGCGCAGGCAGAGGGAGGCGGAGGAAGCGGCCGCACGCGAGAGGGCGACGGGCGCGGAGGAGGUAGAAGAGGCCGCGCACAAGGCGAGGAGGCUGGCGGAGGAGGCCUUGCGCAUGGC